AUGAAGCUGUCCUUAUCUACUGCUGCCGGCGCCAUCUUUCUGGCUAGCCAAACCAGCGCGUUCUGUUUUGAACCGGAGCCCGUCAAGCGCAUCUGCUACAACGAGGCUGGGGCGACACCGCAAAACAUUUCGCUGAAAGAAAUCACCUACGUCACAGGAUACCUACGCUUCUACGGCUCUCAGCCAGGUAAUCCGCAAUUCUGGUCCAUGCCCUUGCCUGAUGCCGACAACUGCGCUGAGUGGCAGGUCACGACAAAGGGCAGCACUUGGGUCAUGGCUAAGCUCAUAGGCGACGACGCCGCAAGUGUCACGUUUGACGACAUUGCAAAUACCAUUGAUGGCGGCGCAAAUGCUACGCCCGAGAAAAAGGCCGCUGCCCUGUACGGCUGCGAUAUCAACGGCGGCCAAAUUGGCGUGAAAGUCAACACGACGGAUCCCCGCUACCAGCAGGCGCAGUUCAAGAACGGCACUUACACCAACCAGGGCAUUAUCAUCAAGCUGGUGCGCAACCCUGGUGUCAGGAACACUGCCGUUCAAGACCGAACAGGCUGUUGCUGGAUAGGUUAG